CAGAUCUUUCAAGUUUUCAAGCUAUUCGUUCUUUGGUGGCACCUGACAUUGAUAUAUACUUAAUAAGAAUGGUGAUUACACUACUUGAAAAAGAGGGGAGUGGUGAAAGUGAAAAAAAGCCAGAGUCCUCAAUCAACAAACCUUUACAAAUUCUUGUUGUACAGCCUGGGAAGCCAUCACCGCCAAAGACAUUUUUGGGUAACAGCUCCUGGAUUGAAAAGAAACCAGUGAAGGAAAGCACAACUGAUGUCCAGAAACCUCCCACUAAACUGGAGCUGCCUAAAACUUCUUCAGUAGCCCCUAUCAAGCUUGCAUCAUGGAAUCAACCUGGGGAAGAUGAAGAAACUGAAGAACUGUUUUCAGAAUCACAGUUACAGACUUCAAAAAGAAAACUGCCUGAAUGGUUUAGUGCUCCCAAACAACUUGCCACACCAUCUAAUGUCAAAAAAGCCAAAACUGGAACAAAGAAAGGCCUUUUUGGUUGA